AAUUUGUACGGUACCGGUACUUCCGGGGAAAGGGGCGAGUUCAGUUGAAAGGCGGACAAUCACAAUUCAUAUUUUUGCUAUAGGCAGUGAGAAGGAUGCAGUCUAGGAAAUUUCGAGACCCUCCUAAGGUGACAGGACUAUCCCCCAAGGAGGGCCCACCAGGAACCAAACUCACCAUCAGAGGUGAAAACCUAGGGAUCAAUGAAAAGGACGUAUUCAGUAUCAUAGUAUGUGGAGUCAACAUCACACUCCUAGCCGAGUGGAUCUCGCCCAGUAAGAUUAUCUGUAGAACAACCAAUUGUAAAGGCCCUGGUGAUGUCAUAGUAUCCACCAAAUCCGGAGGUAUCGGCACUUCCACGGUCAAGUUCAGAGGACUCCAAUUCUUACCAAAUCCCCUUCAAGAUUCAGCCAUUUGGGUAGAUGAAUCAUCAUUGUUUGAGAGAAGAUUAAACAGCAUCAGUCGACCGUCAUCACCCCUUCAAUCGGGAAGAGAAGAUCCUCUGGGUCUACCCAUGGAACACACUCCGCAACUUUCUGAUGAAGAAGCUCACCAAAUGUUUCCUAAAGGGAGUAGCAACUUAGCACACCGGAAUUUUGAACCUGCCCUAUUUCUCAUUGAAAGUCACAGUAGUACCAGUUUUGUAGAUCUUAAGAAAGGUUUGGAGCAUUUGAAGAGACAGUCAUCGGGUUUGAAGACCGAAGGACCACAGACAUUCAUCAAAUCAAACCUGGGUACCUUCAUGAAUUGUCAGGACAUUCUAGCAACUAUUCAUGGAGACCUGUGUAGGCAUGAGAACAUCGGCGAUCGGUUGAAAGCAUCCCCCGGGGAGGAAUCCAUCGAGGUAGACGGAGGAGAUGAAGGGAAGGAAGAAGAUGAGAUGGAGAUGAACGGAGAGGGAGAUGGAGGCCAAGAUAAGACUGUCACUCUGCAGAAGAUCGAGGACUUGCUUAUCAAGGGCAAUGAGAACGCUCAGAAGAUAUUUCAGAGUGUGUUACAUCGUAAAGACAGAGCAGACUCCACCAGGAAUGCCCUCAACGUUCUCAAUAGAUUCAAGUUUCUCUUUCAUCUUCCAAUCACAAUUGAGAGAAACAUUAAGAAGGGAGACUAUGAAGUUGUUAUCAAUGAUUAUGAGAGAGCUCGUCAACUUUUCUCAAAUACACAAGUAUCAACUUUUAAGAAAGUGUAUGAUGAAGUUGAGAAUAGGAUACGUGAAUUACAGGUCCAGCUGCAUGAAAAACUCAUGGAACUUCCAACACCUUUAGAUGAACAGAAGAGGCUCAUAAGGUACCUAGUAGAGCUAGGUGGUCCAGGAGAUCCAGCCUGGGAGUGUAUUGUCAAUGAACACAAGUGGAUCCAAGAUAUACUAGCAGGAUGCAAGGAUCAACAUAUCCAGAUAGGGUCUGGCAUUCAAGUGAAAUUUACAUCUGAUGCAAACAUGGAUGGCAAGUUUUCACCCCCACAGCAAGUAUUGUUCUUAGAAGAGCUAGCUGAUAACCUUCUGUCAACAUUCCCCAACCUCUGGAGGCUUGGUCAAUCCUAUUUCAAUGCAUCUGUUGUAUCAGAGGCUGGAGGCAAGUCUAUGACCGUGGACUCAUCGAAGGAAGCUUCUUUCACUGCCAUGAUGACAAAGAUCACUACUUACUUUGCGGACCUUGUGAGGGCAGCAUUCCUUCCGGAAUCACUUGAGAAGAAGAAUGAGAAAGAGAGAGCUAAACUAGGAGAGUGGGGUGAUAGCAAGAAUGAAGUAGGAGCAGGUGCAUGGCUUCCUCAGUGUGUUCGAUCCAUCAGGUCAGUUCUUAGUACCUUGGUGAAUCUUGAAGUACCAACCUCACUUCUUGAAGUCCUGCACUCACUACUGGCUGAACUUAGAGUCCACUGUAUGGUCACUCUCUUCAAAGAGGCCACAGAAGAUAUCAAAGCUCUUCACGGCCGUGAGACCUGGGUGCUACAGAUGGAUGAACAUGGAGGCAUCACAACUUUGCCCACUUUAUUUGAGAGUAUAGUAGUUGAUACAUUACAACAUCUUAAGGAAGUGAUCAGCUGUAAUAGCUCCAGUGAAAAGAAGAUCUUUGAUAACAGACAUGUAGAGAGACAGACUGUUGAUUUAUCUUCUGAUAUGCUCAUGGCUUUCGCAUCAUGUCUUGAACAGUUAGCUUUUCUGGGAGAUGAUGGAGACAUGCAGAAAUUAAGAUUAUCUGAGGCAGCAAUGAGAACUCCCGAAUCUCUAUUCCAGUCUCCUGAGGACAGUAUCCCAUCCAUGGAACAGUGUUUGGUAAUUGUACUGAGUAACUGUAGUCACGUUUCUCAACAUGUCAUCCCUAAUCUGAUUGAGCAGUUCAAGAGACUUGGCUAUCCUAGCACACAUGAAAUAGAAAAUAUGUCCCAAGAAGCGUAUGCCGAACUUGACGAGAAGAUCUUCGAAGCGUACUGUGAACAGAAGAUAGAUCCGUUGGUUGGAGCUCUGGAAGUAGGGGUCUAUGCUGGCAACUAUGACUGGGGCAACUGCCCUGAACCUAUAGGAGCAAGUCCGUAUGUAAAGGAAGCACUGAUGAAUGCUGUAGCCAUUCACGCUGAGAUCAAUGCCAUAGCUCCUGCCUUCAUGCUUCGCGUGAUGGGGCGUGUCUUAGAAGCCGUAGCGGAAGAGAUGUCACGCAUCAUGAGCUGCGUUACUGGGUCGUUCUGUAGUAAUGGUGCUGUUCAGGCAAGGCUAGAUAUUGGUAUGCUAGAAGAAGCCAUGUCGCCAUACAGGAAUGCAGGAACAAGUGCAUCCUUCAAGGAGGCAUUGUCAGUUGUACCACAAAUCAGGACAGAGUCCCACAAGAGACUUCUCCAAGAACUUCAGGCCAGCUUCCAGCGUGACCUUCAAUUCCUCUUGACCUGUUUCACGACAGACUCCUAAUCUUCAUGGAAGCAAGGUGGCCCCUCUUCAAAGGAUAAUCAAACGGUCAGGUCAUACUGAGAUCCAUUCCAGCUCCAUUGGGAAGUCCGUCGUCAUGUUGCCACGAAGAGGAAAUUGAAAUCAAAGCCACAAUUUAUGUAUUUUGUUAUAUUACGUAGGUUAUAUAGAUUCAAAUCAAUGAUAGGUGCUGAACAGCAAGAAAUGUGAGGUUAUCUUAAAGAAAAUGAAGUCUCUGAUCGAAUAAUAUAACAGACUUUCCCUGGUCUGUCCUAUCUAUUCAAUAGAUUACAUUCCACCCCCCACUAUAUUUCCCCCUUGGGACAAUAUUUGCCCUUAGCUCUGUGUGCUUCAGGCAAUAUACAGUGCGUCCCAGAAUAAACGAAACCAAGAUUUAGCGAUGAU